GAGGGAGAAGGGUCUGGCUGUAAGGUGCUGAGCAGGCUAUCCAGAUUGGAGCAGGACUGGGGAAGGUCCAGAGGAGCUGGUAGCUCUGGCCUGGAAAGCCUCAGGCUACAGGCCGAAUAGGUGUAGGGUUGUAGAGGGGCAGCCCAUGGGUAGGUGGAGGUAGCAGGUCCAGAACCCCCUUGUCUGUGAUGAGUGGUGUAUAUGCUGCAGUCUCCAAUACAAGGGACUAAGUGUGGACUGGCAGUAGCCCAGGGUGGGGGUUCCCCUAGAUGGGGAGACCCAGAACAUGAGUGUGGGGGUACUGCUAAGGGGAGCACCCCAGAGAAAUGGGCACCGGGUCCUGGGAGGGACAUGGGGGCUGGCGGUAAGGUGGAUCACUGGCUUGCAGAGGGUGCUCCAGUGUCUGGAUGAGCUAAUUCCUGAUGACUACCAGCAGGAGGUGCUGCAGGGGUGAUUUCUACAGAGAGGAACCAUGUUUCACCAGAAAACAUAAGAAUCAAGAAUCCUUUUAUUUUUCUACGUGGCCAAAAUGCUUGGAGAAAAAAAGAAGGGAAUAAGACACUGUAAAUAAAGGUAUCUAACAAUAACAGGAGAGGAAGAAUGGGUAAUCACAGCUGUUGUGUUACACUGAGAACAAAUUAUGACAUCAACAUCCAAAGGAAUUUUCCGGCCAUUUUUAAUUAUCUUCAUUGUGCUGGGUUGUUUCAUGGCAUUUUUACUUAUUUAUAUCAAACCAACAAACAGCUGGAUCUCUGGUCCCAUAGAAUCAGCCAGCUCAGUUCUGAAAAUGAAGAGCUUCUUUUCUACCAAAAGCGAUUAUUUUAAUGAAACAACAAUACUGAUCUGGGUUUGGCCAUUUGGGCAGACAUUUGAUCUUGCAUCUUGUCAAACAAUGUUCAACAUCCAGGGGUGCCAUCUAACUAUUGAUCGCUCACUAUAUAACCGAUCUCAUGCUGUCCUUAUUCACCACAGAGACAUCAGCUGGGAUCUCACUAAUUUACCUCAGCAAGCUAGGCCGCCGUUCCAGAAAUGGAUUUGGAUGAACUUGGAGUCUCCAACUCACACUCCACAAAAGAGUGGCAUUGAACACCUGUUCAACCUGACCCUGACUUAUCGGCGUGAUUCAGAUAUUCAAGUGCCUUAUGGCUUCAUGAAGGUUAGCACAAGUCCAUUUGCAUUUGAAGUGCCAAGCAAAGAGAAGUUGGUAUGUUGGGUUGUAAGUAAUUGGAACCCUGAGCAUGCUCGAGUCAAGUAUUAUAAUGAGCUAAGCAAAUAUACUGAAAUCCAUACCUAUGGGCAAGCAUUUGGAGACUAUGUGAAUGAUAAAAACUUGAUUCCAACUAUCUCCACUUGUAAAUUUUACCUGUCCUUUGAAAACUCAAUCCACAAAGAUUACAUUACUGAAAAACUUUACAAUGCUUUUCUGGCUGGAUCUGUACCAGUUGUAUUGGGCCCAUCCAGAGAAAACUAUGAGAAUUAUAUUCCAGCAGAUUCUUUCAUUCAUGUGGAAGAUUUCCUCUCCCCAAGAGAGCUAGCAGAAUAUCUUCUAAUGCUUGACAAAAAUAAUAAGCUGUACCUUAGCUACUUUAACUGGAGGAAAGACUUCUCAGUGCAUCUUCCUCGGUUCUGGGAAUCACAUGCAUGCCUUGCUUGUGACUAUGUAAAGAGACAUCAGGAGUACAAGUCCAUUGGGAAUUUAGAAAAAUGGUUUUGGAAUUGAACUUUUUACCUUUUUGUGCAUUUUUUCAAAGAAACUGACAUAAUCUGUAGCCCAAGUGGAGGUGGGAAGGAAAAAAAAAACUCUGUGUUUUAUGUCAGUUUUUAUCAGCUAUCCCCUCUUGGGGUAUCUUAUUUAUGUUUGUCAGAGAUUUUAAAAGCUCAGCAUCAGCAGUCAUCAAUACUCAGUUUUAAAUUAUACUGUAUAUAGCUAAGUAUGUGCACUGAAGAAUAAUUUAUUCUUUACUUUAGUUUUUAUUGAAGGGUUUUUUCACGUUUUCAGUCAAUUAUCUGUCCCACUCUUACACAAGAUGUAGUGAUUUUUAACAUUGUGUUUUUUACUUUAGAUGAGCUAUUUAACAUUCUUGGAAAAUGAAGACACAUCUUAAGAUAUAGAGAAUUUUAAUGAAAUGAUCUAGUGGUUUAGU